UACCGUUGUGUAGUGCUAUGCAUUGUGUCAGUUGCCUCGAGAACACAAGUUCUGGUCAAGCGAUAAAAUCAAGAAGUAAUCACGUUCACAUAAUCAAUGACAAGCAUAAUUCAGAUGUUCUGUUUUCUGUCUUAGAUUACAUUUUUACUCCACUGAUGGUUAGGUUUAGGGUUGGGGUUUCGAGGUAAAAAUAUGUUCAUAAAAUAUGCAUUCCUCUGCACUGUAUUACACCAUUUACAACUAAAAACAACUCGCUUCACAACUCGCUUUUGGCGCACCUCUGUGGGCAUUUCACCCACAGAGUCCAAAAACAUUCCUGCUUUGGCCACUGGGGGCAGUGGUCCGAAUUUUGAUAAACAGACCGUAAACCACUAUAAGUUUGGAAUUUACAGUGUAUAUUUUCAAUUUGAUUAGAAAAUAUGUUUUGUGCCAAUGCUGAUUCCAGCACUUUACCCAAAAUGUUAACAAUGAAAUUAAUGAAAAUUCUAGGGGAACUAAAAUAUCUAUGAGAUAGUAUUAUUUAACUAAAAUAAUAUAUUUAUAAGUGUAAUAAAACAUUUUGUGGGUGAACACACACAAUAAUAUUAAAAAAUUGCCUGAUGGAAUCCUCCUAACUUUAAGAAUAGAAUAUGUUUUCUGUGAAAAAUGGCUAUUUGCACUAGGUGAAAAUACUGUAGUACGUGCCAUACAGUGCGGCUAUAUAUAUAUAUAUAUAUAUAACUCACAGACCACUUUAUUAGGUGAAAUUGUACACCUGUACACAAAAGUGUCAAAUCGAUGGCGACUCUCAUGUGUGUAUUCACGAAAGAAGAAUAAAAGAAAAGGAAAUUUGGGAUUACAGAUGCUGCCCUACUGAUGCCUGAGCCAUAUAUUUCAACUCCUGUCAGAACGCUAUUAUCCAAGUAUGCUUUAUUGACCUUUAUACCAUUCUGUGCAGAAAACCACAGCCCGAUUCUAUAUUAAUAGCAUAAAACUCUUUUAUAGUGCAGCACAAGAUGGGGAUAGAUGUACAGUACAGUCAGGGAGCAGAGCACCUCAGUGGUCACCUUAAAAUGUGAAAAAGCAAUGAACAUGCAUUUUGGGAAACAGUAACAAGCCCCCAGGGCCUGUCAAAAAAAAAUAAAUGAAAGCGGAAUAAAAAAAUCUUUCUGUGGUUCAGUGUUGAAUGUAUGAUUCGUAUUGUUUCAAUCAAUCCCAAUUUAGUAGACAGCAACCCAGAGAAAACCUUUGGGGAGUCAUGAAGGCUGACAGAUGAAAACUUACUGUUAUCAUUCAGAGUAUCAUCAAAGACUGUGCCAGCACCCUGAGCUUUAAAGGAAUAGUUCACACAAACAUGAAAAUUCUGCCGUUAUUUACUCACCCUUUUGUCUUUUCAAACCUGAAUGACUUUCUUUCUUUCGUUGAACACAAAAAUAAACAUUUUUGAAGGCUGUUUAUGUAGCUCUUGUCAUACAAUGACAGUUCAUAGUGACCACGAUUAACCAACACAAAAGUUUCAUAAAAGCAGUGAACUGUCAUUGUACCCAUGAGCUACAUAGUGAUUCUGCAAAAAAAUUCUACUUUUGCUUUCCACUGAAAAAAUAACCACAUUCGGGCUUGGAAUGACAUGAGGGUGAGUAAAUAAUUACUGAAUUCACAGAUACUCACGUUUUAAUUGGCCACAGUACAACAUCAAAGCCAAAAAUGGUGCAAUGCACAGGUGACCUGUGAGAAACAGACCUGAAAUGAGUCAGAUCUGUGCUCAAGGCACUCAGAUCUUACAUGGGUUUAACAGGGUUGUUGUCUAUAUUCAUUCUUGGGAACAGCUGUGAGGGGGAAUUAGGGUCUUGAGAACAAACAUGUCCCCUUUUUCCACUCAAACCUGUCUUAUCGGAUUAUACAUUCCGGAAUAUUCAGCACAAUAGCUGAGUGAAUGAAUAGACCAAUAAUUAGUGUGCUUAAGCUAACUAUAAAUAUUACUAAACUAUUACUUUUGCUCAUUUUUAGGAUUAGGGAUUUGAACAAACACUGAAUUCUACGUUUUAAACUUUGGUCUGCAACACUUCCCGCACCAUUUGUGCUACGGACAUGAUGAUACCUCUAAUCAUGUGGUUUGUUGAGGGGAUGUGUGCUAUUACUUUUCUAAGUAAUUUUUACCCAGCAAACAAUCCAUAGACUCGCACUGAAGGGGGGACCAGAGUCAUAUUUAGGGACCAGAAUGUUUUAGAAUCUUGUGGAUGGACUUUUCUGACUUGGGCAUGUAAGCAACCACAUAGUAACUACCCAGAACACACUAGUAAUCACCUAGCAACCACUCACUACACCCUGCAGUUUUGGUUUUGCACAAGCAAGCACCAUUCACAUUUUUUAAAUCUAGUUGCAAAAAAUAAAAUAUAAUUAUUUUAUAAUAAUUACAGUUUUUUACAAUCGCUAUGACAAUUUUUUCAAUACUUUUAACAAUUUUCCUAAACUCUGAACACAGUUAGCACAACAUCCGUCUGUGUAGGCUAUACAAUUAACACAUUUCUUGUUGCUUUGACACAAAAUGCAUACAGUUAACACAAAUUUAAAAUGCUUGAACUUCUUUUACACACAAGCUCAACCAAGACCAAAACAAUGGAUUUUUACUGCCAAAUUUACAAAUGCUUUCACACUGUAUGUCAGAACAGAUAACAUCAUGUUCAUCAAGUGAACAGCUGUUCAUAUUGUGAAAUGAAACACAAAUAUAUCCCCUGUAUUUUAUUCCAUUGCUACUGAGAAACAGCUGAUUGAAGUUAUGCAAAUAAUUCACAGCUGAUUCCCAACUAGGAAAAACACUCAGGUGUUGAGGUUCUUUCAAUCGCAUGACCAUAUGGUAUACAGUAAAAGAGGACCUCAUUGGGCUGAUCUUGUGUGGAAAAGGAACAAUAUAAAGCAACACAAAGAAAGUAAGAAAAAUGCCUGCACGAGGGAGAGGAAGAUGAGUACCAGGACAAGGGAGAGGAAGACAAGUACCAGGACAAGGGAGAGGAGUGGGACAAGGGCAAGGGAGAGGAAUACCUGGACGAGGACAAGGUAGAGGGAGAGGAGUUAGAAUGCGUGGUGGCACUCAAAGAAGGGCCAGAGCUAGGGUAACUGAUGAAAUAAAAGCUACUAUCAUAGACCAUGUCAUAAACCACAGGCUAUCAUACAGAGAGGCUGGUGAACGAGUACAGCCAAAUCUCAGCCGGGACACAGUGGCAUCCAUUGUCCAGAUUUUUCGAGAACCCAACAGGAUUCAACGUCUACUUCCCUCAGGGGGCAGAGGAAAGCUCCUAAAUGAAGAACAGGAACUUGCUAUUGUCAACAUGGUGAUUGCUGACAAUGAAAUAAAACUGAAGGACAUUCAGUCCAGAGUAGUAGAGGACAACCUUGUCUUUGGGAACAUUGCAGCAAUCAGCAUAACAUUCAUUUCUCGGACUCUAGCUAAACACAGAGUAUACAAAGUUCCUUUUGAAAGGAACGGUGAGCGCAUCAAAGAACUCUGUCGCCAAUACGUCCAGAGAGUCAUGGAUUUGGAGGCCAAUCAAGUCCCACAUGAAAUGAUCUACGCUGACGAGGCUGGCUUCAAUUUGGUGAAAAGGCGUCGGCGUGGAAGAAACAUAAUUGGCAAAAGGGCCACAGUUACCAUGCCAGGCCAGAGUGGAGCCAACAUCACCAUGUGCGCCGCAAUCUCCAACAACGGUGCACUCCUGCAUAAAUGUGAGAUUGGCCCCUACAACACCGACCUCCUUCUCCUGUUUUUAGAAGACCUGCACGAAAGACUGGUGCCAGAGGUAGAAAGGGGACAGGUGGGAGACCACUUGCCAAUAUAUGUGAUCACAUGGGACAAUGUGGUAUUCCACCAUUCACGUGCAGUCACAGCCUGGUUUGACGCCCAUCCGAGGAUGAUGUCCCUUUUCCUUGCCCCUUACUCCCCUUUCCUCAACUCCAUUUAGGAGUUUUUCUCAGCCUGGAGAUGGAAGGUUUCUGACCAUCGUCCACAGGACCAAAUGUCCCUCCUGGAUGCAAUGGAUGCUGCAUGCCAAGACAUCACAGCUGAACACUGCCAGGGGUGGAUAAGGCAUGCCAAAAUAUUUUUCCCAAGAUGCCUUGCCAGAGAAGAUAUCAGGUGUGAUGUGGAUGAGAACACGUGGCCAAAUGCAGAAGACCGGGCAGAUUAGAAGAUGACUUAUUUUUUCUUUUAUUUGUAUUCUUCUGUGGCUUUUUCUGUUUGUAUAUUUUGUAUUUUCACAUAAUAAAUGGCAGCUAUAUUGCAUAUUUUUGUUAUCAUGCAGUAAUGUCCUGUUGCAAA